AUGAUACGAUUUCACGAUCAGGAGAAACGACAAGAAAUGAUAGAAAAUAGUUUCGAUCAACUUGUUAUCGCACUGGAUGCACCACGUAUAUCUACUGACGUCAUUGAACGAUUAAUGUUUAUUCUUGCUCAGAAAACAAACGAGUCGUUAUUAUCUUUUAUCGAUCAAUCAUAUCAAUCGGUCUUAUUUCUGGAACGAUGCAUGUGGAAGUUACUUAGCGAAGAAAAGCAGCGUCAAUGGUUGAAAAACUCUUCUGUUGUGAAAUUAUUUUAUUCGAUUACAUCCCUGAAUAAAACUCUUAUAUUCAACUUAGAUUCUAUCGAUACUGAUAGCAAAGCGGAACUUCUUUUUCCAGCUAGCAACGAUCAAGUCGAUUCCAUAUUCAAACAAAUCAAUGACACAACCAAUGAUAAUGAUGCAUUCGUUGCUAUUGCCGCACUUUGGUUCGAUAAUCUAGCAUACUUCACUGUUGAAAAUACAUUUCUCAAUGCCUUGCCAAUAGUCAGACAUCUUAGUCAAUAUAUUGUGCAAAACUAUAUAAUGAGCGAGCAGUAUCAAGCGUACUUGGAUCAACUCUCACAAGCGAACUUGAUAGAAUCGAUAUUUACGACGAAAAUGUUAUUUCACAUCAGAACGUGCUCAUUCUAUGCAUACUCUUGCGUAUGUCUUGGAACUGAUGCAUUUCCAUGUACUGCUACGGAAAUUAUUCGAUUGAUUGGACCCAAAUAUCAACAAAUCGUUCAUAUUCAUAGUAAAAAUGUAGCACUGUGGAGUAAAGAAUUACUAUCAUGUAUAACACAUUUGAUUUCUUUCAUGUCUGGACUUCUCUGGUGGGAUGCAACGACAGGCGGACAGUCGAACGCAAUAUUUUCAACAGAGAAAAUUGUGUGUGAUCAUGUGGAAGAUCUUGUUUGCAUAGUUAAUCAUGAACCACUACAUAAAUUGCUUAAAUCUGACAGAUCGAAUGACGAAACAAGCCUGAUAGAUGGUGUUAUAGACAUAUUGAUGGCUAUUGUAAAGGCACAAAAUGUCAAUUGGUUUUUCCGUGCAAAUACACAUAUACAAAAUACCCUUUUGGCAUUAGCUGAAGUGUCACCGUUCGAUCAAAUCUGUCUCUGCGCUUAUGGCAUAUUGGGAAAGACUCUUACGGAAGAACAAAUGAAAGGUUUAAAAGUAUGCCAUACUAUUAGCGGGUUUUUCUUCAAUAUGCUUGAACAGGCCUGGAAUCAUCCAUCGAAACAAUACAAACGAAUCCCAGUUGAUCACUUAUUAGAAGGUACGAACAUAGUUUCACAAAAAUUUCCCUACUGUAAUGUUGCUCGAGGUUUCUUGAACAUAUGCAAACAUGAUUUUAUCCAGCAAAGAACUGCUGAUAUGAAUAAGAUAGGGUUACUUACGGACAUUACGAAUGAAUAUCCGAUUGCUUUCGACAUCAUCUGGGCACUUUCCUUCAACCAUCAAAUCCAACAGCAACUUCGCGAAAAUACACCAUUCAUUCACAAACUCACUCGUUUAUCGAAUCAAGCCACCGACGAACAAAUCAGAAAGGCAGUUGAUGGCAUACUCUGGAACUUACAGAUCCAUCAACAGUCUCAUCCAUCACCUAAUAUCUCAUCUCAAAACACUUUCGACAUCAUGAUCAGCUACUCUCAUAAAGACAAGUCUCUCUGCAAACAGAUCUACGACGAACUCACUCGACGAAACUAUCGAGUAUGGAUCGAUUUCGAUCAAAUGCACGGAAACGUGAUGGAUGCCAUGGCAGAAGCCAUCGAUCGAUCACGAACUAUCAUCAUUUGUAUGAGUGAAGAGUAUCGAAAGAGUAACUUCUGUCGAGCAGAAGCACACUAUGCAUUCCAGCAACAGCGUCACAUAGUUCCUGUUCUGAUGCAGAAGCACUACAAGCCAGACGGGUGGCUAUUGUUUCUGAUAGGUCAGUUGUUGUAUGUUGAUUUCACAAAACAUGAGUUUGCUCGAGCUACAGAAAUGCUCAUGAAAGAAUUAAAUGAUGCGGGAUGCGUUGAAGUCACUGUGGUACCCAAUUGUUCGAUAUCCAGCGGAUGCUCUUCAUCUUUGCUGGUUUUGUCGACAGAACCAGCUGCUCCAGAAAAUAUUCUGGAAUGGACAUCCGUAUAUGUGCAUAACUGGUUGAUCGAUCACAAACUUAUGCAGAUGUCUCGCCUGCUUGUCGACCACGAUGGGCGGAGUUUACUCUAUUUCAAUGGCUAUAUCAAAAAUGGCGCAACGAAACAAACGUUGAGAUCUUUACAGGAAGAAUGUGUUCGUCAAAUAGGUGAAUCUUUAUCACUAUUAGAACUAGCUCGUUUGCAAUCGCUAAUUGAUCGAGAGAAACAGUUUGCCCGCUUGUCAAAAUGUGCUAAACAUAACUGA